AUGCAGAGAUUUGUUGACACCGUCCUUGCUGUUACAAAAGAGUCGGUCAAGACGGUGACGUAUGAGUCAUUGAACAAUACUGUUAGGUUGAUAAAUGGAGUGUCAGCUAUUUUGUUAACUAUUUUGCCAGGGAAGGCUAAUGUUCUUGAAGGUCUUCAUGGCUGGGAGCUUAGGCCUACUUUUCGUGGACCUCGAUUACCCCGUUGGAUGGAGAAUGGGGUGUCCUCUUUCAACAAAUUCAUUCAUGAGCUUCCUAUGGAUUCUGAUUCUUCAAGUGCUGAUUAUUCAUCGGCAGAAGAAGAUGGUGAUGGAAUAUGUCCUUCAACACCAUCAUCUCAAGGUUCACGUAUCUCACGUUCAAGUAGUUUCAGCAAGAAUUAUAGACAUUCAACAGGAUGGACCAUCUUAUUAUUUUCAUGGAUUUUGUUCCCCUUAAAGUUUCUUCUGGGAAUUCCUACCCGCCUGUGUCGUUUAUUUUACAUCAGGGUGUCAACAUCCCCCUCUUCUAGGGGAACCCACCAGAAUUCCUCAUCACACUCCAUUAAGAAAAUGCAUACAUUAAGGGACCAUGUCAUUCAUCGCACUACGGACAGGAGACGGGGUGUCAUUGAGGACCUACAUCUAGCAAUUGAGGUUCUCAUAGAAGUUGUAUUUGAUUUUUUUCAUAAAGCAGCACAUUUUCUUCUUUCGCCAUCAGAAGUUCUAAAAGCAAUCUGUAGAUGGUUUUCCCCUCAGACAAGUGGCAAUGAAGUUAUCAAUGUUGGUGUUUCUGAUACAUCUGUCCCUGCAGCUACAGUUGGAGAGGAUGAUCCAGCUCCUACAGAGAUGAAAACUACUUUUCACCAGUCUCUGAAUACAGAUGCUCGAACCUGCCAGGAUGUCAUAACCGAGCUUGGAUACCCUUAUGAAGCUAUUCAUGUCAUCACUUCAGAUGGCUACGUUUUACUUCUGGAAAGAAUUCCUAGACGUGAUUCCCGGAAAGCUGUUUACCUCCAACAUGGGAUAUUGGAUUCCUCUAUGGGUUGGGUUUCCAAUGGGAUUGUUGGAAGUCCAGCUUUUGCAGCAUAUGAUCAAGGAUAUGAUGUUUUCCUUGGGAACUUUCGUGGUUUGGUUUCUAGAGAGCAUAUUGACAAGAAAAUUCCCUCACGGAAGUAUUGGCAGUAUUCCAUCAAUGAGCAUGGGACAGAGGACAUUCCAGCAAUGAUUGAGAAGAUUCACCAAGUUAAAACUGCUGAGUUGAAAAUUAGCCAGCCCAAUCUUGAGGAAGAAACCAAUGAUGAUCAACCUUAUAAACUUUGUGCAAUCUCCCAUAGUUUGGGAGGAGCUGCCAUGUUGAUGUAUGUUAUAAUACGCCGGAUUGAAGAGAAGCCCCACAGACUAUCUCGUUUGAUUUUGUUGUCCCCUGCUGGCUUCCAUCAUGAUUCCACCCUAGUCUUUACAGUUUUUGAGUAUAUGUUCCUUCCUUUGGCUCCUAUUCUGGCACGUUUUGUGCCUGCCUUUUACAUACCAACAAGAUUCUUCCGUAUGCUGCUUAACAAGCUGGCUCGGGACUUCCAUAACUACCCAGCGGUUGGAGGGCUGGUUCAAACCCUUAUGAGUUAUGUUGUUGGUGGAGACAGCUCAAAUUGGGUAGGAGUAUUGGGGUUACCACACUAUAACAUGAAUGACAUGCCCGGAGUUUCCUUUUAUGUGGCUCACCACCUUGCACAAAUGAAACGCUCAAAGAAAUUUAGGAUGUACGACUAUGGAAGUGCAUCUGCCAACAUGGAUGUUUACGGAUCUCCAGAACCGUUGGACUUGGGUGAAUGCUAUGGGUUCAUUGAUAUUCCAGUUGAUCUGGUUGCUGGACGAAAGGACAAUGUGAUUCGGCCUUCAAUGGUAAGAAAGCAUUAUAGGUUGAUGAAGGAAGCCGGUGUGGAAGUAUCAUAUAUUGAAUUUGAGUAUGCUCACUUGGAUUUCACUUUCUCCCACCAUGAAGACCUGUUGGCCUAUGUGAUGUCAAGGUUGCUGCUUGUCAAGCCAGCUCGGAAGCAGCUACUUAACAAGAAAUCUUUAUGGUCGAAAAGAGAAGGACAAACAAAAUGUUGA